GGUGUGUGACGUCAGACAGGAACCAGCGAGCCUGACAAAUCAAGAUGGCGUCCCACGGCAGAACAGGAAAGAGAUUUCAUAAUAAAUAAAACACAUUCGUCUGUAAAUCAGAUCAAAGCAGCAAAUCAAGUUGAAACAGAGUCACGUUUGUAAGGACAAGACGGAGCGGAUACAGUGUAUCUAAAUGGCUACAAGGAAGUCUGUAUCGGAUGCAUACAACAACGGCCCCAUCAGCUACCUUGAUGACGUUCCCUUCAAGGUCAAUGAAAAGUUUCGCUGCCCUGCCAAAGUGGGUCUGCCUGUUGGCUUUUGUCUGCCAGACUGCGGCUCCUUGUUGGUGGAGACACAGUAUGAUUUCUCUUUGGAGAAUCGGAGCGUUCGCUGGGGGAAUGAACUUGCUGAGGCUCAAGCGGCAGAGGCGCGAGCAGAAGACACGGCAGCCAAACAGGAGACAGAAAACGGCGAAAGCUCGGCUCAAUCACAGAAUCACCACAUUAAUGGUGGUGCAGGGAAGAACCAGUCUGCUCUGGAAGACCAGGACCCUCCCCCACCAGCAAUGAACCCUGUUCUGGCAGGAUUGAGCCAUGAUGCCAUCCUAACUCCUCUGCCUGCACCAAGUUUUGGUCCAAGGAAAAUCCAACCAAGCAUUCCUCAGCCGCACAGCCUCAACCUUGCUGACUUUGAGCGGGAAGAGGACCCCUUUGACAAGCUGGAGCUUAAAACACUGGACGAUAAAGAAGAGCUUAGAAACAUUCUUCAGAGCCAGCCUCAACCUGCACCUUCUGUUACCACCACUUCACGUGGAAACAGCCCAUCUCCUCCCACCAACACCAGCCUCCCAGCAAAACCCGGCUUUGCCCAUAAACCCAACGGUUUAGUUUCCUUACUGGAUAUGGACAAAGUUGGGCAUCAUGGGAGAUCAGGGUUUGAAGCAGAGGAUCGACCCUGCAACAUACGCUCUCUGACUUUUCCUAAACUUUCGGAUUCCGGUGAUCCUGAUCCAGUAGGAUACAGCCCACGAGCCGCGCCCAUCCCUGCUCCACGACACAACCUUCCCAACGGCAGUCCCCCAAUUAUACCCAAAUCCCAAGUCAUUGUUGCCCCUCAGCCUCUCAGUCUCAACAAGGGUGGUGCACCGAAACCGGGAAACUCCAUGUUGGGUUCAGCCAGUUUGCCAUGCGGGGGUGCCCUGCUUAGCAUGACUCCCAAUGAGCGUCAGUGUGUGGAAACCCUGGUAGGCAUGGGUUAUUCUUAUGAGGGUGUUCUUCGGGCCAUGCAGAGACAAGGGCAGAAUGUGGAGCAGGUACUGGAUUAUCUCUUUGUCCACGGACGUCUGUGUGAGCGAGGUUUCGAUGCAAGCGCAGUGGAGGAAUGUUUAGAGAUGUACCAAUGCUCGGAAGAAAAGGCAUUGCAGUUUCUUGAGCUAAUGUCAAGAUUUGGCGAAAUGGGAUUCGAGAGGGAGGCCAUCAAAGAAGUGCUGCUCGUUCACAACAACGAUCAGGACAAAGCGCUAGAGGAACUGAUGGCUCGGGCUGCAGCUAGCUGAGCACGGCCAGUGAAGCAGCUACUGCAGGACCUGACCCCUGUUACCACCCUACACGGCCCCUUUCUUUCUUCCUUCCCACCCUUGUCACACCAUGCCCUGCGACGUGUGCUUGCCUUGGCUGUGGGAGGGACAGCUGAGAGACAGUUGUGUUUCUCUGUGCUAAACUGUAUUGCGUCUCGAGCACUUCUUAAAGACUGUGUGCCAAGAGUAACAAUACUUCCAGCAGUGUUUGUUUCUAAUAAAACCUGGGGGUUUAGUUCCGCGAACUGGUACUGCUAGGGUAUUGAACAAUGCUAAGGAAGACCCGGAGAAGAAUUUGGGCUGUGGCACUUUUGAUGCCGUUUAUAUUUGCUUCCACUUGGAAGUGUUGCGCUAACUGCAGGUACAGCUGCAACUCAGAAAUACGACGAGGCGGUCACAGUCCUGGUUUAAAGUCACAAUACUGCAUAACAGCUACGCUGCCAUCUUCCCCUGCACAGUGCAGAUUUACAGUAAUAAGUGGUAGAAAGGCCUUAAGGAGGCUUUCCUGAAACUCAACAACAAAUCAACACACAAGUACAAAUACUAGUGACCGGAGUUUGAAUUUUUCAUUUACAUUCUACAUCAUUUUUCAUUGAAAUAAGCGAUACUACUUAACCCAGUUCGCCCAGUUCGUCUUUUUACCUGCACUGGAAUAACCUGUUCGGAGGUUCCCCUAUAGAAAAUAAAGUAUAAUAAAAUCUAUACCCUACUGGCAUGGACCUGUCAAACUGCACACACACGUUUCUUAAUUAUCAAGUGAUAUUUAAAAGCUACACUGACACUUUUCUUUUGAACAUAGAGUUUGAUAUUAUGUAGGUAUUAUAAUUUACAAAAAAUGAUGUUUGCAUCCUGGAAAUGUGUUUUUUUUUUUCUAUUUUCCAGCAACAUCGCUGUGCAAUAGAGACAUUUCAUAUUAUGGAACCGGAAACUGCCGCUUUGAGCCCCUCGAAUUGUUGGAGAUUUGAAAUAUUCUUUAAGCCUUGCUGGAAAUUUGGAUGUAAAUUAGACAUGUUUGGAUUUCAUUGAUUUUUUUGUUAUUCCAUCAUUGGAUUCAUAUGAUCAAACAUGGCUUUUUUUUAAUUGUU